AUCGUGACACGUCUACUCGCGUACUUCUGGACAUUGCCACAGAGAACGAGCUCUUGUUAAGUCUCUUUACAAACAAUUACAAUUGAAUCGAAUCAAAUUUCGUCAAUCGUUCGAAAUUUUUCGUGUCGUUACGUGAUAGAUCCAGGAAUUUCAAUUUUAAUCAUUGUGCGAUCAUCAUGAAAAGUUUUAUCGUUCUGGUGGGUUUUCUAACAAUGGGUUAUGCGCAACUCAAUAGAUAUCCGUACAAUCCCGAUUAUUAUGGCCGACGUUUCGCCAUAUUGCGACAAUCACAAGACUCCUCUCCGGAUGGAUCGUAUUCCUACAGUUACGACACGGAGAACGGCAUAUCAGUAGCGGAACAAGGAGUUCCAAAAUACGCCCCACCGAAUCAAAUCGAAUCUGUACGAGGUCAAUUCAGCUACACUGCACCGGAUGGUACACCAAUUUUGGUUACUUAUACAGCGGACGAAAAUGGUUUCCAAGCUAGCGGUGCUCAUCUACCAACACCACCACCGAUACCAGUCGCGAUACAACGCGCACUGGCUCAUAAUGCAGCCCACCCUGAAGAGGAUGAACUUUACAGAAGAUACUAGAAGAUCCUGUCACGUGUCUCGGUUAUAGGAAACGGCUCGUACAAACCAGAUUAACCCUUGUGUUAAUUAACCGUUUUUAUAUAACACGAACAUGUGAUAAAUGUGAAAAUUCGAGAUGGUAUUCGAGAUGGAAUUUCAGUGAAAUUAGUUUUAAAAUUAAUUUAGAAUAAUUUCGAUGCUUCAGUUAUUGACACAAGGGUUAAAACAGUAUAAUGUUAACAAAUAUUGCUAUUAUGUAUCAUUUCUUGCCUAUUUGUUGUUUAUCAUUGUUUAUAAAUAAACAGCCUUGAGAAAA